AUGCAUUCCAUUGUUCUAGUCGUGUUUAACUUAAACACAAUUUGCCAGCUGUGUGAUCCCUCCGUUGUAUACAAAUUGAAAAAUAUCGAGUGCGUGACAAUGCCUGGGUACUCUGCAAAUGCAUCAUGCCGUUUAAAGGCCCUUAAUUGGAACAAAGCUGUGGCCCAAAUGGACGUGGAUCUCGUAAACCCGUUGCAUAAUAUAUCAGUCCAACUUCAGGUGUUCAAAAGAGACUACAGUAAUAAAUUCCAGCCUUUUCUUAUAGAUGUGAUAUUAAAUGUCUGCGAUUUAUUAGCAAGGCGAAGUUUUAUGCCAUACGGGUUAAUUAUUCUUAAAAUUGCCAAGAAAUUCUCAAACUUUAACCAUAGCUGUCCAUUUGCCGGUCAUUUAUUCGCACGCGAUGCAUAUCUCGACGAAUCUCUUAUCCCGAACUUUUUUCCAUUGGGUCUCUACAAAAUGAAUGUAACUAUUAUGGAAAACUACGUAAAGCCCCCGAGCGCACACGUAGGGGGUAUCGUUUGGUAUGUCCAGGCCAUGCAGCCAAUCCAGACAAAAAGAAAGCCGAAGUAACGUUCAUCUCGAGACUAGAUACUUUACUAUAUUUUAUGUUACUGACUUAUCAUGUUUUUGUAAAAAGCAAAUCAUACACGAAAAAUAAAGGGAAACGAAAAAGUUCAAAGUUAAAAUCUAUUUCAUAAUUUUAUUUUUAUACCUUUUCGUCGGAUACUACUCACUUUACAAAUGUAA